AUGGAGAAGAAUUUUAUUCUGCUCGUUGGGAUUUUGUUGUUACAGCUUGUGGUUCAUUGCUCUGGUUCUGAUUUGAAGGUAGAAGACGGUGCAAAAACUGAUUUAGAUCCAAAAGUUUCAUUAACUUCGAAAAAUUCGAACACUUCGGGUGAUCAAACUAGCACGGAUUCAAAUGCUAUUGACAUUAAAAAAGUGAAGGAAGACAGAGAUCAGGUUGGUGCAUCAAAGGAGGGUGUUGGGAAUGCUGUAGACAAGAGCAAUCCAAGUAAGGAAGUCGGCUUAAAACAAUCUCAUGAUGUGCUAAAGAGUGGGAGAGGAUCGAGUGGGGGAUUUAAAAUGGAGGGUUAUGACAAGAAACAGAAGCCCAGUGAUGGGUUGGAAUCAAAGCAAUUGCCUAAGGAGGUGGAUAAUGGAGGAAAUGUGGUCACUGUGAACCCUGUGAGGAAGGAGGGCCCUGGGACCGAGGAAUGUGAUCCAGUUAAUAGGUGCACUGCUGAGGAGAGCAAGCUGGUUGCGUGUUUGAGAGUUCCCGGAAAUGAUUCGCCCCAUCUUUCACUUUUAAUUCAGAACAAGGGUAAAGGCCCUCUCUUAGUUACCAUUGUAGCUCCUGAUUUUGUGGCGCUAGAAGAAACAAAAAUUCAACUUGAAGAGAAAGAAAACAAAAAGGUGAAAGUUUCUGUUGGAAAUGGAGGAACUGGCAGUUCAAUUGUCCUAAAAGCAGGAAAUGGUCAUUGCGACCUUGAUUUGAAGGACCUGAUCACACACAGUUCCAGAAAGGAGCCUGAGAAUUCUUCAAAUCUAACCUAUACAAACUUCCUGACACAAAGACCUACCAUUGUGAUUGUAUUCUUUGCUACACUACUGAUAUUGGCAGCGGCUUGGAUGUGCAUCAGCUUUAGACACAGGAGGCUCUCCAGCAAUGGGUUUAAAUAUCAGAAGCUAGACGAUGACCUGCCAGUUUCGAAUGAGGAAAAACCGGAGUUGCACAUUAAUGAUGGGUGGGAUAAUACUUGGGAUGAUAAUUGGGAUGAUGAGGAGGCACCCCACACACCCUCGAUGCCAAUUACUCCUAGCCUCUCUGGCAAAGGCCUUGCAUCACGACGGUUGAACAAGGAAGGUUGGAAAGAUUAG